AUGCCCGUCUCCGACCACAAUCAAUCGCAACCACCCUCACAACCAGAACAAGAAGAGCAGCAGCCACAGCAACAGCAGCAACAACAACAACAUCAACAAGAAGACCAACCAGAGUUAGAGCCGCAACCGCAAACACAAACAGAGUCGCAACAGCCGGAACAGUCGCAAGAAGCGCCAGCAUCACCACCCCUCCCGCAGAAGCAUACGGCAGUAACACCUGGUGUGCGCGCUGGCUACUUCAUUAAGCUCUACGAUCGCGCUCUCCAAAAGACGCUGCAAAAAGUUGCCUACGACAACUUCGCGUCCUGUUUCCCAACAAUCGCCUCUCACGCGCCAAAUACGCUGCGCAAUGUGCAGAAGCAAAUGGUGGACUACCUCGAGGAGAGGUGUAAUAAAGACUUUCAAACCAUUCUCGUCGAACGCGAUGUUGUUCGUAAGCUCAACGAGUUCGAGAGCCUAGUCAGCGACGCCGAGCGGAGGAGGAAAGAGGGCGCUGGCGAUGCUGAGGAACCUAUCCCACCACACCUUCUACCCCCCGAAGACGUUAUGAAAGCCCACCUCGCCCCACGUCUGGCCUCGCAACAGUCUCAUCUCAACGCGCGACUGCAAAACACACAAGCCUCAAAUGAGUCCCUUUUCGCCUCUAUUCAGUCCCAGCGCGCUGAAAUUGACGCCCUUCUCACCCAGCUUGAGGGCCACAUCGCCGAUAUCGACGGCGCCAACGCCAUGUUGGUAGACGUUGCUCCAGAGUUGGCAUCGGAGGCCCGCGAUGCGGAGGCGCAGAUGUCGAGGAUUUAA